AUGGAAUCAUCUAAUACACGCGUUAAACGAUUAUCUAAAUUACUCAAUUUAAACAAUUUCGAGCAACGCGAUGAGCUUGAAGAAAAAUUGGAAAAUGGCUUCAAUAUGGUACAGAAUCGAACGAGCGGUCUUCCGGAAAAGGAAUCAUACGAUGUUCUGUUACAAAUGGCUGGCGAAGCAAAGGUGUUUGAGAAUAUCACAGGAGGUCUUCUGUACGGAUUGCUAACCGAACCACAAAAUGCUCAGAAGUAUUUUUCUAUCUUGUCGCUGCUAGCGCGUGAUGGUUGGUUCUGCGCUCUAUGCAAUGUUAAUAUGAUACUAUUUGAACUUUACCCGCGAAUGCGACCGGAAGUGCGUGAGCAAAUUGUAUACUUUUUUCGGGAAGCGAUCAAAUCAAAUGUACCGAAAAUUGACAAUGUUCUGAUCAAUUACCUCCGUAAUGCUAAUGACGGGAGUGAUUUGAAAGAAACUUGCGCUCUUUUAAGUGCUGUUGCUGGGAUGCUAAACGACCACCAUGCUUGGUUGAGCGAAUUGAAACCGAAAGCUUCCCUUAUUCCGGUUACUUUGCUCACUUUUACGAGAUUUAUUUGUGACCUUAGCUCUUUCAACGCAUUUGAGUCGUUGCGUACACAGAUGGUUAAUGUUUGUCACUGGCUGCUUACAGAAAGAUUUGUGGACUGUGCGCAGUUGGGACGAGAUUUAGUCUUGGCAUUAAUGAGAGUUUCAAAAAUACCGCAGUUUGCUGCGAUAUGGAAACAACUACUCUAUAACCCAAACAAACUAGGACCUAAUAUUAAUAUUGAAGAACUAAUGAAUCGCAUGUGUCCGCAUACUUUUCCUCUUUAUCGAAUAUCUGUAGCUAUGCAGCGAAAACUUGAAUUCAUAUUUGCCAAGGUGAAACCUGGGACACAUGAGCGACAUUUGGAUUGGUUCAAAAAACAGUACUUAUCAAAUCCAGAGGCUGGUAGCCUUCGUUCUGAAUUGGUCCGCUGUGCCAUAUUUCUUUCAUGCGGAGAAAUACCUCAAGUUGGGCAGGAGAUGAAAGCAAUUUUCAUUGCUUCAAUGUUCCCGCAAACAAAUAGCAUAAUGGAACAGCAGUGGUGCAAACUUCAUCUUUUAUGGGAUUGGCUUUGUUAUGACCCUGCUAAUGGGGGGCAUGUUCUGAUUGAACCUGCUUUUCAUGUACUGAAACACCUGUUACAUGUCCAACCGUUAUUAGCGAAUUCCCUUGUUGACUUUAUGACAAGAAUGAGUUAUGAACUUCAUCCGCAACUGCAGCAGCGAAUAAUAACCUCAGUAACAAAUUCAUUCAAAUUUCUAAUUGAUCAUAAUAUUUUAGGAUCUCCUUCCGUGAUAUUCGACAAUCCAGUACUGCAAAAAAAUGUACGAGAAAACUUCCGGGAUACAUUUCGAGGACUUUUUCGACCACCACAAACAAUGCAAACACAUUCUUCUGCUGGUGGAAUCGAACCUGGUGAGAUGUUACUAUCAGAUGUAGAGAUUGCGCUAAGCGAAUCUGGUUCAGUAGUUACCGAAGAUGUAGUUAGCAUGGAUUCAGCGGUAGUUGAAGACAAUGGAUCACUUGAUGAAGAGUUUGGUUUAUCAUGUGAAGAGAAACUAAUGACCCUCUUAGCCGCUGUCAAAGAAGAAUUUCGAGAACCGAUUGAAAAUUUAUCAGGUGUGGAGAAUUUGGACAGCGAUAUGCGAUGUGAAAUGAUGCAGAAGUUAUUGUCUUCUGUCUUUGAUAAUGAUGAAUUACUAGAUGAGGAACAGAUUGAAUUGUUAUCGGAAUGUCUUUUACUUAUUUUCAGAAAGGAUAUCCGAAAUAGGAAGCCGUUAUCGGAAGGUUUUUUGGACACACCUGAAGUUCUGGAAGAGAUGUUUAACCAACCGCUUUAUGUAAUAUUUCGAAACCUAUGUCUGACACCAGAUAGUGAUGCUACAAGGCAGUUACUAUUAUCUUUAAUUGCUGAGAUGUGCGAAAGGUGCUCAUCUAUAUCAUAUUUACUGUUAUUUUUUACAUCUUCAAAUCGUCGUGAUCAGAAUGAUACUGCAAUUGCUGCUUAUACUGAUCUGUGUCGCCUAUUAGAUAGCCCACCGAUUCAGCAAAUUGUUUCAGACUUACAGCAAUGCCACAUCGAUGACUAUGUACUGUUCGCACAUCUUAUUCCAUAUGUAUACGAAAAAUUUGCCACGGAAGCAAUGGGUAGUGUUGAACUGAUGAAACUGUUAUCGCAUUCAUUAGACGGGCGGCAGAUCGCUGAUCUUAUUGGGGAAAUGGUUCGGGAAAACAUCUCAUUUUUUAGGAAGGACUCUUUUUUACCUAUCGUCAGUGCUUCAUUGACAUGGGAAACAACCGCGCAGUUUGUUUUCUGGCAGCUGGUACAUGCAGAAGGUGUUCCUGUGGAUUGGAUUUUACAAAUGAUUUCUAAACUACAGUACCCGAAGCAUUCGGAAGCAAUUGCGCAAGUUUAUAUCAUGCUUCAAAGGAUGGACCGCGAACCAAAUAUGAGUCUCAUACGAAAUCUUUUAUCUCGUACACCAUCUGAUAUGUUCACUGUAAACUGUCUGAAACUGCUGAUUAAGGAUCCAGAUUAUGCAGCUCGAGUAGCAGAAUUGCUCUCUAAUCUCAUCGACAAAUUGAUUCAAUAUGUUUGCUUGGAUCAGCUUUUUUCACAUCUUGACAAAUUUCGACAGAGUUGUUUAUCGAAGGAUAGUCAUGUGGCGGAAGCCUUCUUGGCUCGACCUACUCUACAGGAAGCAUUUACAGUGGCAAGGGCGGCUGAAAAGGUGUCAUCUCUUCGAAUACGCUACAGUGAGCUGUUUGCUGUAAUGGAAAUAUUGAGUGAUGAUAAUGCACAAAGUGCUCGUUCUUUACGAAGAACCAAAACGUCGAAAAAGAUGACUGAUAUGAGCGAUGACGAAAGCAAAAACUCAAAACGAAAACGCCAGAAACUGAUAGUUGAUUCUGAUAGUGAUUAA